AUGGCCAGGCAUUUGGUGGAAGGUGCAAAAGAGAGGUGCCUCGAAGAUAGAGAAACUCCGAGGUUGGGUUCGGGCCCGGCAGCUUUGGGCAUUUUGAACCUGAUUGACAUCGACAGCGCGAUUGGAGUCAAAAGCAGGAGCAUCGCUCCCACUUGUAGCUGUAUUAGAGUAGUUGUUGUUACCAAACAACACGCUACUAUUUCCAGACUCGAUUACAAAACGCCCGAUGGGGCCGCAUUGAGGAGCCCAGCUGGCCGGAAGUACGAUGCUGUGAUCCAUUGUACCACCGGGAUUCCGUGGUCUAUUUUUGAGCCCAAUUUGAGUGGAAAUGGUAUGGUAAUAGAUUUGACUCCUAGUGUUAGUACCAUGAUGACUUUUGCACUGAAGAUAUUCACCUGCUCUAAGAAGCGGAUUGUGCCACUGCUUUACUCUCCCAAAGGUGAGAAUCUUGAGUAUCUAGUUAAGUUGGUGAAGGAAGGGAAGCUUAAGACGGUUGUCGACUCGAAGUACCCUCUUAGCAAGGCUGAAGAUGCCUGGGCCAAGAGCAUCGACGGUCAUGCUACGGGAAAGAUCGUUGUCGAGCAGUAAAAUAUGUCGUUUGAAAUAGGUUUAGCUAGUUUUGAUGUAUUGGAGAGAAAAGUAAUAAUGUGUAUAUGAACCAUAAUGCUUCAUCUU